CGUGCUCGGUGGUUCGUCCGCUGGAGCUCUUCAAGAGCCCCAUCAAGUUUCCAAGGCCAGCGUUUCGACGCUGUCGUGGUUGGAGGAGGUCACAACGGCCUGGUGGCAGCAGGAUACCUCGCAAAGGCUGGCAGAUCAGUAGCCGUGCUGGAGAGGAGACGGGUUUUGGGUGGAGCUGCAGUGACGGAAGAAAUCGUGCCAGGUUUCAAGUUUUCCAGAGCAUCGUAUCUACUCAGUCUUCUGAGACCACAAAUAGUGAAAGACCUGGAGCUCAAGAAACAUGGGCUGAAGGUUUAUCUCAGAGACCCCAAUGCCUUUGCUCCUGUACUGGGCUCAGAGCAGUACCUACUGCUGGGUAGCGAUCCCGAGGAGAACAGGCGACAGAUUGCAAAGUUCUCACAGCGAGAUGCCGAGGUCUGUGUAUAUACAGACCAAGUUGGUUGAGAUUGGGGGAAUAUUGUUUCUUUAUGUGCUCAUAAUUAUGUGUAGAUUUUCAUUACCUUUCGUAUGUAGAAAUAUGAGGCUUAUGAAGAGUGGAUGGGGGAGAUUGCUGAUGCUAUUACUCCACUGCUAGACAACAGUCCCAUCAACUUCCACAAUCUGUUCUGUGGAAAUGUAAUUGAGAGACUCCGUGCUCUAAAGGCCAUCGGAUCCCUCAUUAAAAUCAGUUAGAAUCUGCAUCCACGCAGAGUGUUAAUUUAGUCAGUGAGAUCGACGACUAUUUUUUCAGGCUCCAAGUUGAAGGGCGAAACUGGAGCUUUAUUCGAGCUAUUGUCGGCUCCAGCCACUAAGAUGAGUUGCAUCUCUAUUUUGUUUUGCCGAGGUUAGGAAAUUAGGGAAGAUUUUUCUCCACACGUUCUGGAUCGGUGGUUUGAAUCGGAGCCGCUGAAGGCAGUGCUGGCAACAGACUCUGUCAUUGGUGCCAUGCUCUCUCCCUACAUGCAGGGCAGUGGGUGAGGGAGACCCUGUGGUUUGGCCUCUGAUUUAAUUAAGGCACCGUCUCUUCCAGCUAUGUGCUUCUGCAUCACGUUAUGGGGGAGGUGGAAGGAAAGAAAAAUGCCUGGGGGUAUGCCGAGGGAGGGAUGGGUGGAGUUUCGCAGGCAAUAGCUCGAGCAGCCGAAUCAUACGGAGCCAGUCUCCACACAGACUGUGGAGUGUCACAGAUCCUGGUGAGGGAAGGCAGAGCUGUGGGUGUUAGACUGGGAGACGGGACAGAGAUCCUGGCGGAUGUGGUGCUGUCAAAUGCCACUCCCAAAGUCACUUUCCUGGACCUUCUGGAAGAGGGAACACUGAGUGAGAACUUUGAGAGCCACAUACGGAGCAUUGACUACACAUCACCAGUCACCAAGAUCAAUGUGGCACUGCGUGGUCUUCCAAACUUCUCCCAACACUUGCCCAAUGCUGCCAGUGGUAGUCCGUCUCCCCAUCACCAGUGCACCAUUCACCUCAACUGCGAGUCCACUCAACUGCUCCACGACGCCUAUCUCCCUGCGCUGAGUGGUCGCUACUCCAGCAGACCAAUGCUGGAGCUGUGUCUGCCGAGCUCCCUGGACCCAACCCUGGCUCCUCCAGGUUGCCACGUGGCCUCCAUCUUCUCUCAGUACACUCCCUACCACCUGGAGGGAGGCUGGACCCAGGAGGCCAGGGAGAGAUAUGCUGAAGUCGUGUUCGACAGCAUAGAGGACUACUGCCCAGGGUUCAAGGGACUGGUGGUGGGAAAAGAGGUUCUUACACCACCUGAUUUGGAGAGGAUCUUUGGACUUACUGGAGGGAAUAUAUUCCAUGGGGCAAUGUCACUGGACCAACUCUACCUUUCCCGGAUGUCCUACCUGAGCCCCGCCUACUCCUCACCAGUACCAGGUCUAUUUCUGUGUGGCAGUGGAGCUCACCCAGGAGGUGGAGUUAUGGGAUCUCCAGGGUAGACUAGCAGCACUAGCAGUUUUGGGCCAACUGUGAGACUUCUUUCUGUUAUAUCGUGUCUCAGUUUCAUUCA